GUGCGCGCGCUGCCGCUGAUCAGGAUCGGGCCGCGGCCGCUCUCAAAUUCGGCGCGUUCAGUGCUCCUGCCGAUCGUCGCCCCGGGAUUCGCGUCUUCCGGUGCUGACGCGUGCGACGGGACGCGCUCGCUCAUUCGCACGCCCGUGGUGAGAGCGCGACGAGUGGACGCGCAGCCUAUCGCACAAAAGCAAUAUGGUGACUGACCGACUGAUCGGCUGUCGGGGGUGAUCCGAGCGCACCGUUCGCGGGGAAUGUUUAAUAAUAUUGUCAUUGUUAGCCGUGUGCGUCGGUGAGCGCGAGUGAUGAACUUGACGUGAUCCGCAGCCUCCUCCAAGGCUAAAGAACGUGGGAACCAUGUGCGAUGUGUGCGUCGACUUUCACGAUCUUCUGCUCUCCUAUGACGAACGUUCGUCAAAGGAACAAGAUGCGUUGGCCACAUUAUGCGUAACAGACGUGGACACGACAUUGCAUUAUGUCAAUCAAUGGAUUCAGAGACAAUGUAUGUGCUGUUAUCGCGAAAUUAAGAAUUUCGAUCGAUUUAUAAGGCUAAUCCAGAGCGUCGUACUCUGUACGUUACAACAGUUGCAAGCUAUACAGCAAAAUGGGCAGCAAACAAAUGUCGCUAAGGAGAUCUCCGAGGAGGGGAAGGAGGAGGAUGAAGAUACGAGCGAUAAGCGAAAGUCGAGUGACGCUGCGGAGCAUGCACAGGUGGAAGUCCAGACGAAGCAAACCUGGUCCCAGCAGGACAGAGAGAAACUGUUUCAUCUCCUCUCGAAGGUCCUGGUGCUGAAUUUUCCCCUCUAUCUAGCCAUGAAGCACGGCGGUGUAAUUAACCCGUUGGCUCCCGUCAAGGACGAAGGCGGUUACUGCGAGCCACACGACCCCGAGGUGCCGGCGCCGUUGAUCCGUGCGGUAUCCAUCUUUUGCCACCAGGGUGGCUUCAAUCUGAUGUCCGCCUGCUUCGAUACGGAGAACACACUGCCCGUUAGUCUCGCGCACGCCAUGGUAGCGGUAGUUUGUAAUUUGAAGCUCUGGCUGAACUACGGCAGCGUCAUCCAGUUGUUCAUACCGUUGCGUAGCCGCGUCAUGAAGUACAUGUGCCGUCUGGGCGACAAGGAACUGCGUACUCCAGCCGUCAGAACCAUGGCUGAUUUCAUGUGGAGCGCGGUGAAGGAUCCGAUAGACGCCGUAUUACCGAGCUUCGAUCGGGACGGGCUCGAUCUGGCGUUCAAGUACUUCACCAGCACGACGUUGACCAUGAGGCUGGCCGGUGUGGCCCAGAUAAACGCCCACAUCACCGCGUCCAACGAGCUCUGCAACAGCGAGACCGUCGCCGAGGUGGAGCAAGUGGGGCACGCGCUCGCCGCAUGGUUGACCGAGAACAACAUCAUAGCCCACAUAUUCGGACCGAACCUGCACGUGGAGGUGAUCAAGCAGAGCCACAUUAUACUGAGCUUCCUGGCGAUGGAAGGCAGAAUCACAUCCUCGGACAUGGACACCAUGUGGCAGGCAGCGCAGCUCAAGCACUGCGGCCGUCCGGUUUACGACCUGCUGGCGCCACUGGUCAAACAUCUCGCGCCCACCCCCGUACUCCAUUUGUAUUCUUUGUUAGGUAAAUUAGAACCUAAGGACCACACGGAGCAGAGUCUGUUCUUAGCGUCGGCUUUGAUCAAGUUCAUUUGGACGUCCGGCGGCUCGGUAGCGGCUUGUCCGAGAAGUAUGGUGAUGAAGAACAGAGAGAUUCUCAGGAAUACCGGCGGAGUCGGUAGCAGUAGCAGCGACCCGAGCGGAAUGGACGCCAGCAGUCCUGAAGACGACGAGGAGGAGGAGCCGAGUCCGAUACCGUCCGAAGGACCGUCGCCUAGGAAGCAAGCGAGAGCUGACAGCAGCGAUGGGGAAGGACACUACAAAGGGAAAUCGUUGACGACGACGACCGUUGAGUCGAGCCCGGCUGAGAUCGAAGGCCUCCACUCGGACAAGUCCGAGGGCAACGGUGAAUCGGUGAAGGAUCACUCAUCGAACGUGAUUCAGGAGGAGACGAAGAACAAGCAAAGCGGCUCCGACGCCGAAGCGGACACCGAGAAGUCCAACACGGAGGAGGCGUUCGUGCACGAGAAGAAGAAGCGGAAGAUCCUGCGCAAGCGGAAGAGGCCGCCGCGUUCGUUGAACGCCGUCGAGAAGACCUUGGAGGAGAUCGUCGGUCAAGACGUCGCGAAGAGCAACCCGUCGAACGGCAGCUUGCACGCGGCGGGCGAGGAGCCGAAGGGCGUGGACGCGUUAGACCGCGUGAAGCAACAGGCGAUGGCCCUGGACCCGAGCGACCAGCAAGUUCCCACCACGGCGGCGCUCCUGAGACGCGCCAACAAGAACAAGUACAUGCCGUCCCUGGUGGGCUACAACGGGAUAGAUCGAGCGGCGGCCGACUCGGCGGACAGUUCGCACGACGAGGACGACAGCGACGUGGCCGGUGUGCUCGCCGCCGCGGACGGCCCCGGCGCGGUGAUAUCCGAGCUCGCCGGUUUGGUGCACGCGACCGGCCCCACGUUCUUACCCUCCGGCCUGGACGAGAUGCUGUCGGACGAGGAGGGCUCGUACAGCAGCCGGAUAUCGAACAAGAGCGAGAAGAACAUGGCCGACUUCGACGGCGAGGAGAGCGGCUGCGAGGAGGAGCUCGCACAGUUGGCCGCGCGUCACCUCACCGCCAUACAGAUGCAGGCUUACCACCCGCACCAUUCCACCAUGACGAUCAGAAGAACGGUCUGCCAGCCGCCGCAGGUGCGAACGAUCCGGCAAUCGGCCACGAGGCUGAGCUCGCAGUUCAACACGGAGACGGUCUGCAAGCCCGGCAACACGUUGCUGUGGGACCUGCUUCAGGACGAUAAGAUAGGACAGUUGGGCGAGGGCCUGGCCUCCGAGGCGGAGAAAGCGCUCUGCAAUCUGCUCUGCUUCACCGUCGACCGCAUCAUCCCGGAGAAAUUCGUGGAGGGCUGCCUGGAGAAUCUGGCGACGAACCGCUCGGUGGUCGUGUCGCUGAGACUGUUGCCGAAGCUGUUCGCGAGCUUCCAGCAGGCCGGCUCGGACCCGCACAAGAUAAUGCUCAGGGCCAACAACGAGUACGGGAUGAUGAAGCACUUCUUCAACAAUCUGAAGGCCUACAUGAGCACGGGACCGAGGAGCAAUCUGUACUCGCACCAGACGGAGAUCCAGGUCAGGCUGCAAUUCCUUUCCUCCAUCUUCUCGCCGUUGGGCUCGCCGGACACCUUCCGCCUCAGUCUCGAACAGGUGGACAUACUGUGGCAGUGCCUGUCGCAGGAUCCGACCUGCGCGGACGAGCUCUUCAGCUGGCUGCUCAGCCAGGCGAAGUCCACGGACCAGCAUGCCCUGGGAAUGGACACCCUGAAGCACCUCUGUAUGCGCAAGCUGCCGAGCCUGCCGGCGGAGACCAUCAGUAUGACGGGGCUGAGCCUGUUUCAGCAAUUGUGCAACCUGGCGCGCCUGGCCGCCACGCAGUACAACGGCCUGCCGGAAGUGGACUCGGUGGGCAUGGACUUCUUGUGGCGGAUCGCGCUCAAGGCGAAGAGCACGGACGUCAGCAUGGCGGCGAUACAGUACAUCAACGCGUUCUACAUGUCGCAGCAUCUCAGAAUGGAGGCGGAAUUCGUGUCGCAGUGUAUGACGCAUCUCGCGGCGGCCAGCGCCGACCUCGAGACGAACGAGGAGGCGAGUCUACGCUGCAUACAGCGCGCCCUGCUCCUGCUGAGGACGCAUCUGGAAGCCUUCCGUAAACGUUACGCCUACCACCUGCGCCGUUGGAUGCUGGAGGGCAGAGGCGCCGGCAGCUACGUCGCCAUGAACACCUCCGACAAGGGCCAGCAGCUGCGGAUUUUCGUCCAGCCGGCCGGCAUACCGGAGAAGAUGAGCUUCAUCCUCCUGAACACCGACUAUGUGGCCGACCUGAGGGCCGAGGUGGCCAAAUGGUGGGACGACACGCAGAACGCCCAGAGCAGCGCGUCCCCUCAGGCCCGAGCGCCGAACAGCGGCUCGGUUUUGGGAUCGUUGCUCACCGACGGCCCGAUCAGGAUGAUCACCCAAGGACAGGAGCUGACGAUCGACUUCGACGAGAAGACGCUGCAGGAGAUGGGCUUCAAGGACGGCCAGCUGGUGUUCAUUUCACCCGGCGCCAGCAGGGGCGCGAGCCGCUGCGGCAAGUUAACGCGGGAAGCGGAAUCGCCCUCGAUGAUACCGGCCCCGUCGACCGACUCUCUGCCGACGUUGCUGCUGCUGCAGCCGCAGUACUUCGAGCAGCUGUUCACGCUGAUGAGGACCCUCAGCGCCAUGAGGAGCACCGUGAAGGGCGGCCAGGAGAUCCCGCACACGAAGGCCCAGGUGCUCUCGCGCCGAGUCUGGGACACGCUGACCCUCCUGCCGACGAGUCCGACCUUGCUGCGGGGUUUCCAGAAACUCGGCGAGACGUCCCUUCAGGAACUGUUCGACCCGGCGAGCCCGCAGAAGCUGAUGUACUCUUUGUACAUAGUCGAGUCCCUGAGCCGACGCGGCGCGACGAAUCAGCCGGCGACUAGCAACAACGUGUCGCACGACGGCGGCGGUGACGCGGACGACAAUCACGACCACCACCCGGUCGACUGGUCCGCGCUGUUCGUGCAACACGGCGGACUGCGGCACCUCUUCGACAUCUUCAUGUCGGGCUGCCUGGAGCAAGGGGACGGCAGCGAGUGGCAGCAAGACUGCCUCGCCAGUCUGCUGAAGCAGCUGUGCCAUCUCGGGGUCGCGAGGGAGGACAAGAAGCGCCAGAAGCCGGACAAGCUGCUGGUGCCGAAGCUGAGCGAGGCGAUGCUGCGAAUGAUGAACGUCGACACGGUGAUGUCGCGGAUAACCAGCAUCCUGAACGACGCCUCGUCGCCGCUCGACCCGAAUCACUACAAGACCGGGCUCUUCGGCCGUUCGCAGGUGAUACACUACGCGAUGGCGUUGCUGGUCUGCUGGGUGCACAGCGACCCGGCGGUCAGGCAGCAGUACCUCUUCUCCGUCGAGCCGUUCGGCAAGACCUGGCUGCGCCGGCUGGUCCUGGAGGACCCCGAGCCGGCGGUGAGGCGCGAGGUCUGCACGGGUUUGUACAAGCUGUGCCUGGGCACCACCGGCGCGGACGACGACGCGACGGACGUGCCGGGCCUGUUGGUGCCCAUGCUGAACACCCUGCUGGAACAUCUCGUGAUCGCCGAGGCGAUGCAGCCGUCCCACCGCAAGCCGGAUCUGCACCUGCAUCCCGUGUUGGACGACGGCAAGGAGCCGUACGGGCCGGCUUGCCGGGACUUCUUCUGGCUGCUGUGCCGCCUGGUGGACUCGCUGCCGAAGACGGACGACUCGACGAACGCCAGCAGCAUCGACCUGGAGACGUUGGCGAUACGAGUGAUCGACUCCGUGCUCAACCGGGAGCACCUGGAGACGCGGCACAACACGGUGGAGGACGACGCGCUGGUCGGCCUGCUGAAUCUCACGUGCAACAUCAUGGCGCACAACCCGCCCUGCAAGCAGGGCAAGAUCGGCCAGAAUCUGUUGGACGAGGUGUUCGACUUCCUGUUCGCGCUGCCGAAUCCGCGCAGCAAGCACGUGCCGAAGUGCAAGAGCCAGGUGUCGAGGUCGGCCGCCUUCGAUCUGCUGGUCGAGCUGGUGAAAUUCGCGCCCGGCAACUACAGGAUACUGCACGAGAAGCUACUGGCGCAGCACCGUCCCGGGCCGCACUCGCCUUACCCGUGGGAUUACUGGCCUCACGAGGACGGACGGUCCGACUGCGGCUACGUCGGCCUCACCAACCUGGGCGCGACCUGCUACAUGGCGAGCUGCAUGCAGCAUCUCUACAUGAUGCCGCAGGCGCGCGUCUCCAUCCUGGGCGCCGACUGCAAUCGCGCGAACAAGCACCAGCUGACGCUGCGGGAGCUGCAGCGGAUGUUCGCUUACCUGCUGGAGUCCGAGAGGAAGGCGUACAAUCCGAGGAGCUUCUGCCGCGUGUACACGAUGAACCACGAGCCGCUCAACACCGGCGAGCAGAAGGACAUGGCGGAAUUCUUCAUCGACCUCGUCUCCAAGCUGGAGGAGAUGACGUCCGAUCUGAAGAACCUCGUCAAGACGCUGUUCUGCGGCGUGAUAUCCAACAACGUCGUGUCCCUCGACUGCGAGCACGUCAGCAGAACGCUGGAGGAGUUUUACACGGUGCGAUGCCAAGUGGCGGACAUGAGGAACCUAUACGAGAGCUUGGACGAGGUGACGGUCAAGGACACGCUGGAGGGCGACAACAUGUACACCUGCUCGCAGUGCGGCAAGAAGGCGCGCGCCGAGAAACGCGCCUGCUUCAAGAAGCUGCCGCACAUACUGUGCUUCAACACGAUGCGCUACACCUUCAACAUGGGCACGAUGCUGAAGGAGAAGGUGAACACGCACUUCAGCUUCCCGCUGCGGCUGGACAUGUCCGGCUACGUCGAGAAGAAGCUGAUGCCGCAGCACUGUCAGGAGGACGAGAGGAAGAAGCGCGACGCCUUGCUGGCGGACGACGCGGAGGAGGAGAUGGAACAUUACCUCUACGACCUGAUCGGCGUGACGGUUCACACCGGCACGGCGGACGGUGGGCAUUAUUACAGCUUCAUCAGGGACCGCACGUCCCCGAACAAGGACAAGUGGUUCCUGUUCAACGACGCCGAGGUCAAGCCGUUCGAUCCGAAUCAGAUCGCGGCGGAGUGCUUCGGCGGCGAGAUGACCAGCAAAACUUACGACUCGGUAACGGACAAGUUCAUGGAUUUCAGCUUCGAGAAGACCAACUCGGCGUACAUGCUGUUUUACGAGUGGUGCGCCGAGCCCGGCGAGCAGGCGAAGGAGGAGGAGGCCACGGUCUCGAGCCCCACCGCCGUCAGCGGCCGCUCCUCCGCGUUGAUGCGCAAGGACGUGAACAUGAAGCUGCCGCCGUUGGAGCUCAGCAAGGAGCUCGAGGACUGGAUCUGGCAGGACAACACGCACUUCCUGCAGGACAAGAACAUCUUCGAGCACACGUACUUCGCGUUCAUGUGGCAGAUCUGCGGCUACAUACCGCAGACCCUGCUCUCGGUGCAGCCGGACAUCACGGAGAUGUCGGCGGAGCUGUCCACGUCCUUCUUCAUGGAGACGUUCAUACACGCCAAGGAGAAGCCGACGAUGGUGCAGUGGGUGGAGCUGCUGACGAAACAGUUCAACGCCUCGGCCGGCGCCUGCGCCCGCUUCCUCGAGCGCAUGGCCGGCGACUCCUGGUGGCCUAUUCAGAUUCUAGUCAAGUGUCCUAAUCAGAUGGUCAGGCAGAUGUUUCAACGGCUGUGCAUCCACGUGAUUCAACGACUGCGCGCUACUCAAGCACCCCUGUACCUUCUCUGCGACGAGGAGAGCGACGCGAACACCGUCGGCACCCGAUCCUGCGUCACCAGAUUCGUCCGCAUGCUGCUGUCGCUGAUGGAGCAUGCGAAGCAGCAUCUCAAGCACCUCACGGAGUACUUCAGCUUCCUCUACGAGUUCAGCAAGAUGGGCGAGGAGGAGACCGUUUUCCUCAUCCGCGUUCAGGCGAUCUCCACGAUGGUGAACUUCUAUCUCGGCCACAAGACUCACGAGUUCGUCGACGCGGUCAGCGAGGAGGAGGAGGAGGAGGAAAUCGUGACUGUGCCCACGGAGAAGCUCCGUUCCGCCUCGUUGGACAAGAUGAUCACGCUGAUAGCGACAUUGGUCGAGCGCAGCAGAGGGCCUGAUCACAGGCUGGCGUUGUCGCCGGCCGACCUCAGCGCCGUAGCCGGCGGCAAGGGUUUCCCCUUCUUGUACCAGCAGACGCGGGACCUCAUCAAUCUCGGCCAGACCAGGAACCUCAUACAGUCGUUGUGCCGGUGGAACGACCGGCUGGCGAUACACGUGGUCACGAUGAUAUUCCAGGCGAUAAUGAAGCACACCGACAUGUGCCAGCCGUUUUUCAAGCUGCUGACCUUGCUGACCGAGAGCUCCGGGCCGAGCGGUCUGCCCUGCAUGACCCAGCUGAUCCUCAGCAGGGUCUGGGAAGCGGCGAGGGUCGCCCCGCACGGCGCCCUCGAAUGGCUGGCCCUCGCGGUCACGAGAAGCAAGCUGGCGCACGCCUGGGUGCUGCAGGGCCUCGACACGUGGCUCCAGCACUUCCUCCUCGAGCACUCCAAUCAGAGAGUUCGUUCGGCCGCUGCUUUCCUCCUGGUGUCGUUAGUACCGUCUACGCAUUUCCGGCAAGGCUACCGUAGCGCGCACCGCCUCGGUCUCGGCUGCAACGCCUCCAGGGAGCUUCAACUGUCGCCGGAAGCCACUCUGAUACUGCAUCAGAUCUACACGGCGCUUCUGAGGCUGCUGCAACCCGCGAGACAUUACAUCGACAUACAAACUCAUGGUACAAUGAAGCUCACUGCCUAUUUCGCAUUGCUCACAUACUGCGUAGUCUCUAAGACCGAAAAAUUAAUGUUCGGCCAGUAUCUUAACGAUCUGUGGACCCUCUUCCAUCCGAAGCUCUCGGAACCGAGCAUUCCGGUGCACCAUAACAAGCAAGCGGUACUCCUGUUCUGGUACCACGUUUGCUCCAAUUGCCCGGAGAACGUCGCCAUGAUACUCCACAAUCCGCACAUCACGAAGAACAUUGCAUUUAACUACAUACUAGCCGAUCACGAGGACCAGGAUGUCGUGCUGUUCAACAGAGUCAUGUUACCCGCUUAUUACGGCCUCUUGAGGCUUUGCUGUCAACAAUCGCGCACCUUCACGAGGCAACUGGCCGCGCAUCAGAAUAUCCAAUGGGCUUUCAAGAACAUCACACCUCAUCCUACUCAGUAUUCAACUGCGGUGGACGAAUUGUUCAAACUUAUGCAGUUGUUAGUUCAGAGGAAUCCCGAUCAGACCGAACAAGAGGAGGCGGAGAUCACAUCAUUCAGAAGAGGCACAUUGUCCUCUUAUCUGCAGGGGCUGGAUGGCCGUUCGUGUUGGGCGACUCUCAUCUCUGCUUUUCGAAUUCUCAUCGAGUCGGACGACGAUCGUUUAUACGUUGUUUACAACGGCGGCCUAAGCAUGGCCCUAGAAGCGUUUCAUAUGCUGCAUAUCAUGUACCACGAGGCUACGGCGUGUCACGUUGCCGGCGACCUGGCCGAACUGAUCGCCAUCAUCGUGGAGCUGGUACGCUGUAUACGAACCGCCCGGGACGGGCCGGAUGCGAGGAACAUCCUGGCGAAUUGCAAGGAGUGGCCGGACGUGUUGCGCAAACUGGCAACGUUGUUGAACACGUAUAAUCCGCCGGACAUGAGGAACCUCGCCAUCGACCUGCUGAAGGAGCUCGUGAUGCUCGUCCCCGCGGAAGCGAUACUGAUCUUAGCGCCGUUACUCUCACACUGCCACGCAGCUCUUCAGGAGUCCCACGCCGCAGUCCCGCCCGGCCCGUACCUGCCGCGAAGAUCCACCCCGCCCGGAAAGAUGCCGACGAGACCCGCCAGGCCGAUGGUGCAGAUGGCGGUGCCUCAUUCGCAGCUCGAGGCGUCGAAGGGAGUGGAUCCGGAAUACGAUAGCGCGUUGCUCGAGUUUUACCUACCUUAUCACGAGCUCAUAGACGUCAUGUGCAGAUUAGCGAUCAACAAUGACUGUAUGACAGAUACGCUGGUGAAUCUAAGUGCUAUGCUCGGUUUCGAGGGUGUCCCGUUGCACUUGGCCCUGUUCCCUAGGCUGUGGCUGGACGUUCACGCGACCGCGCACAUAGACAGGAAGCACAUAGCGUCUCUCCUGUGCUCCUCCUACACGGUGGACUACGUGGACGCGGUGUUGUUGGACGAGAGAUCGUCGCUCGGGGUGCCGGCGAUACACGCCUUCCUCAAGACUUUCUUCCCGAAGCUGGCCAGCCACGUGCUGACCGAGCAGACGUGCCUGCUCAUCGACAACCUGGUCAGCUCGAUGACGGCGAUGGUGGAGGCGGUGGACAUCGAGGCCUCCGCGCAGAGGCUUACCGGCGACCUGCGCGCCUUGACGCUCGUAUACAGCAGCAGCGCGAGACUGAAGCCACCCGCCACCCUGUUGCCGGCAUUGGAAACUCUGUUGUCGCGCACACGGACUGUCACGGUGAAGAAGAGCGGCUCACCGGACGGCGAGGCACCCGCUAAGAAGCGCAAGCUCGUCAGUGACGACAGCGAACCGGCCGACAAGGAUCUGCGCGUCGUGAAGGACGUCGGUAUGGAGAACAGCCUGUCGACGGAGGCGGAGGAGAAGGCGGACGUGAUGAAGCACGGCGCGAUGUCGUCCGAGUCCGGCGACGACAACAAGGCCGCCGCCGCCGCCGCCGCCGCCCGGCAAAAGUCGGGCAACGUUCAGACGGAGGCGAUCGCCGGCGGCAUCAGCAACGUACCGUCGAGCUUGGUCAGCACCGCGAACGCUUGUACAAAUCAAUUGCGCUGCACGUUGACCAACGUCUCGUGGCUCGAGAUGCUCGAGAGCACCAUCGUCGACCUGCAGAUGAUCGUGCAAGUGCAGAGCAAGAGUAAUUAAUUCUCAUCCGCGGAUUCGAACGAACAGGCAGAUGGAAUAUAUAUACAUAUAUAUAUAUAUAUAUAUGUAUAUGUAUGUAUGUAUGAUGAUGAGAGGGGGAUGCGACGUUGUUGUCCCUCACCGUGUGUAUGCGCGUGUGUUGAGUCGUAUGCGUGUGUCCGUCUGUAUGAUCUUGCGUCGAUUUAGAAAGAGUUUAUGUAACAACGUGAAUUCACGCUCCUUCGCAAAAAUCGGAUGUAACUUAGUAUGUAACGAGAUGUCGCGAGGAAGGGAAAAAAGUGUAUGUCACCGAUUGUUUACUUUCCAAAUAUAGGAGAAUAUAAAAGUAUUUUCGUUACGGUUUAAGUUACGUUAUAU